GCUAAGAUACGGUAUGAAGAGAAAGAGAUAAUCGAUGAUUCAAUAGUAUUUCUAGCAAAGACGGUGUCAGCACAGCCAUCAAGUGUAUCAGAUCAUCAACACAAUCUUGUACCCACAGCUUGCGUACAACUACUUUGGCUCGAGGAUUCGAUCUUCAAGAACCCAGCGUCCGGCAAUCCAUGAGCGAUUCGGCAGUCGAUCUUCUCUCCGUUGGGAAACACCUUGUAACGCUCGGACAAGAACAUCCCCGCUCCAUUGCUUGGCAUGAAGUAGAGAACACUGCUCAAGCAUUGGCGAAUGGGUUACGGGUUCGGGAUGGUCCAGUCGAUUAUCAUACACCACUGGGGCGAACAUCACUUCCUCAAAUAUUAGCCGCGCUGAUUGCUGCUGCUCUCGAGGGUUCCUCUAUACCUACCCUGCUACGCAUUCCUCCCCUCUUCGAACUCCUCAGGGUCUCGGCCAAUCUCUGUAUAGACCACGAUGAGAACCGGGGUCUACUUCUCGAGGCAGGGAUCCCUCAGGCGGUCGUCUCGCUACUAGAAGGAUACGCAGAGACCAUUCCGGAAGAGAAGACCUCCCAACCACUACCCCUCACCAUCCCACAUCUCAAGGUGGUGCGCACCGCCAUCGGCGUCCUCUUGAAUGUCAGUUUGAAUUAUGAUCCUGUCAAGUCGCGAUUACGGUCACUGGAGGCUGGUAUGACUAUCCUCAAAUUAGCGCACGCGAUCUAUCCUCCUGCGGCCUGGUUAUCAGCAAAGCCUGUAAACGACGAAGAGAUCUCGCUCGGAGACCAAGAAGUAUCGUGGUCUUUGCGGAGUGGAGUGUCAAGUUGGGCCUGGAAGACUGUGAUUGAUCUCAAGGAGACCAAAGAUGAAAGCCUCCAAAUCCUGAAUCACGACGUUCUGUCCCUCCUGACUCCGGUUCUGGCUUCGUUCUGCGCACCUCACACCCAAGCGUCCUCUGUGUUUGAUCCGCACUCGGAGAUGUUUGAAACCUUACUCGAGACAGACUUUGACGUCCUCGAGGAGUCAUGUGUACUCAUUGAAUCGCUCUCGUUGGACAUAGAAGACGUGCGAUUGUCUCUCGGGCGGGGAUUUGUCUUUCAUUCAGAGCACGGCGGCGUUCCCUGCCUGUCGACGAUACUGGAUUUUAUAGAGUUCGGAGACUAUCCUCCCAUUUGGCAGCAAGCAUUUCCCGAGGCAGAUCGAAAGAAGCGCGAGCGCGUCUUCGACAAUUGCAAAGCGGCGCUGAUCAAGGUUGUGGUCGAAGUUACUGGAGAGGAACGCAACGAGGAUGUGCUUUGGGGAGAAUCGGCUGAGCAACCGGGUGGAGAGUUCGUGUGCAGGAUGGUGAGCUGGCUGAAGCGGUAUGUGGCCGACAUGGACCAGAGAACCGGUAGAACUCCCGACCCUGCGACUCCUUUUGGACAUCGGGACGAUAUCGCUAUCUGUGCGAGCUUGUCGCUGGGAAACUUGGCUAGAAGAGAGAAAAAUUCACUCAUUCUGCUAUCGCCACCGCAUUCCCUGGCACAUGUACUCACUUCCCGGCAUCUUCUGUCCUCUUCGACGGACAUCAAGGUCAAGCAUGGUGUCAUUGGGCUCCUGAGGCACCUGGCGGUGUCUUGUGCGCAAUCUCCUGCGAUCCAGGACGCGCUCGCAAAUGCACACGUGAUCGAGCAUGUUUCCAGGAGCGGUGUCUGGGACGAGAAGAUCGACGAGAUGUCUGACGUCGUUCAAGUCAGUGCGAUUGGUAUCGUCAAGCACAUGUGCAAUGCAAACGUCGAAAACACGUUCGCAUUGGCUCUGCCGGGAGAAGAUGUGUCGCAACCCACGGGACUAUCACUCAUCAUGGCUCUUGUCAAGCGGACCAGAUCUAUACCUGUCAAAUCAGAAGGCACGCGCGUGCUGGUGAAUGUAAUCAAGUCGUUGUGGUCGAACGAUCCAUCAGCAACACCCGUUGAGGCAGCUGCGACUGCGGCACUCCAAGGGAUUGACACUCCGGCGGCGAUCCAGGCAAAUCAGCGCAAGCGACACGAGUCGAUGCAGGCAGUUCUGUCGUCCGACAACGCCUACGCAUUAGCCUCUUUGAUCACGCGCAGUGCCAAAUACCCAUUGCUGGUCAAUGAAGGGAUUGUUGCCCUCAGUCUCAUGAGCACAGUCGCCUCGGGAGCUCCGCUCGCUCUCACGGCCAUCUUCACGCUGGACAUUCAGCCGCCGCCUGAGAUUCCGUCUGCUUCGAGUAGCGAGUUGACCUCCGGAAGCGAUCUCAGCUCGCCUGUGGUUGCCACUCCGACAGGCCGUGGCCGGAUUCCCAGCCCUCGGAAUGCGCUGGACAUGCUGAUUGCUGUAUUGAGGAAUGUGGACAAUCCCGUCAAUUUCCCCGCCGAGGUCAGAGUGAAUGUGUGCUCGCUGUUUGCGCAGAUCACUAAGAACGCGGCGGGUCCUGAACUUGAUCGGGUCAAGACGCUUGUCAGACCGGUGAUCGAACAAGUCUCGGAGACUCUCCCGAGGGACGGUAUUUUAACCAAGUCGAUGAAAAGGUUGUCUGAUUUAUGGGCUUGAGGUGUUUCUGUACCUGUAAUACUGUACUGUAUCAAUCUCUUCAUUUGCUCUGUCGGCCAGUUACCGCGCACACUUUGUGCCUGGGCUGGAAAUCACAGGUACUAAGUGACGGCUAUCAUGGUGCCGUCCCGUACGGUUUUCUCUAUGGAGUCUACGCUCACAGUCAGCGUCGCAGACGGAAUCGCAACCCUCCAGCUUGAGCGCCCAGCCAGCCUCAACGCACUGACUGCCGAAGACUACACCGCAUUUGCGGACGCGCUCAGGGAGAUCGACAAACGCGACGACGUCCUCGUGACGGUCUGGCAAGCGACCGGGAAAUGGUUUUGCGCCGGCACGGACGUUCGACGGAGCGGAAAUAGACAGCUGAAUGGAGAGAUCCGAAAUGCCUUCUUGAACGCCGUCGUGAGGACCACUCUCGACUGCGGGCAUGCGCUAUACAAUCAUUCCAAAGUUCUCGUUGCUGCGCUAAACGGUCCCGUGAUGUAAACACGCAGCCUUUCUUGGAUACUUCGACUUCAUCUACUGCAUGCCCAAUGCCUGGCUCUCCGUCCCAUUCACAUUUCUCGGCAUAGUGGCCGAGGGCGGAGCGAGCGUCUCCUUCGUGAACCGGAUGGGUCUAGCAAAGGCAAACGAGGUGCUGAUCUGGGGCAGAAAGCAGGAGGCGCAGGACCUGUACGAGUGUGGUUUCGUCAACAAGGUACUUCCUCUGCAGGCCGUUCCCAACUUUCACGCGGAAGUCCGGGACAUCAUCCUUGAGGACAUGCGAGAGCUCGACCCAACCGCGGUCCUGGCCGUCAAGAAGCUCAUCCGUGCCGGUCUGUCCGAGAAGAACAACCCAGACGCGGUCAAUCUCCGAGAAAGUUAUGCGCAAGCAGAGCGGUUUGCCAGCGGUACUCCCACUUCCCAGUUUCUUCGCAUCGCCAAGAAAGAGAUCAAGCACAAACUAUGAACGAAGCUGGUCAGGGAAUUGAUACCAUCCUCGCUUUCUCCUACUUACAGAUACUUAUUUAUAUGUUCUUAUCACUCUAAUAUGUUGUGCUCUAGACUCAGUUGUUGCUGAGCAACAAAGCACCGAGUGAUCAGAAUGUAUCUCAGAUAGCUGUCCUACGUCUCUUCCGCCCCCCAGCUUCAGCCUCGUCUGCGCUGUCCUCGACAUCCUGCAUUCCUUCCCAAACAUCGUCCUCUUCUGCAUCGACGACCGUCGGGAUACUCGGCAGGAACACUUUGUCGACGACUGAGCCUUUUGUCUCCUGAUUCUGACCCGGCUGA